AUGGAAGUUGAAUGCGUACCUCAUCCCUCAAGGGCUCAGAAGGCCAUCAAGUCUUUGUCAGCUGGGCAACCAAGUCGAAAUCUGCCAACUAGCACUUCAUGCUUCUUGCCAAAAAUUGGAGGAUCGGGUCGAGGUCGCCGAGUGACAAUCACCGAGGCUGACCAUCGAAGAGCCAAUUCGUCUGGAUCGGUUGAUAAGCGCAUGGCUAAAAGCCAAGAAGGUCUAACUGUACGGUCAGCCUCACUGCAGCCCAUCAGCGAUCCAUUGCUGGACAUCCUGUCACAGAUUCAUAGAAUAAUCCUGAUCAGUGAACAAAGUCCGUCUGAGUCGACGAAUCACAAGAGGCGGGUUGUAGAACAGUUUCGCCGACGUAUUUUCAGCAAAGCGAGCAAUGCUGAGAUGAUCAAGAAACAUCUACGAAAGCUGUCCACGGAGUCCCACGAGGAGAUCGAACUGGACCUAGGCUAUUCCGACUUCCGUCCAGUUCUUACCGAUAUCUACAAAUCGGGCUACCAAAAUGACAGGAAAAUUUCACGGAUCACUUACGAACAACUGUCAGCAUGUAUUCAGCGCCUAAUCGAAGAGAGCUGA